AUGUCUUUAAUUUGGAUAGCGUUUUUCAGCCAAUUAUUUUGUUACAUUUCCACAAAGGCAGCACACGCAGUUAUAUUUUGUAGUGAAAGUAGUUCGAGCUCCAGUUCCUUUACAAGGUGGCAUUGAAUGCAACAUCAGGCUAGCGUGUACUGUUGACAAAUAUUAAGGUACUCAUCCGCCCGGGAAGGACAUAAAGUUUAGCAGGCGCACGGGCAAUGUAAAUCAGUAGCACGUGCUUUUUUUAAAUGUUAGUCUUGCAUAUGUUUAGAAAUAUGUUUAAGUAAAAUAGCGAGUGUGGCUGUCCCAACUGUGUUAUGGCUUCUUUAGUAAGCUCGUUGUUAAUGUCACCUGUCAGACUUUGUUAUUUGUACCGCAGCCUGUGUUCAGGAACAGCAAGGAAGCUCCGUACAAACGGCUCUGGUCGCAGCAGCUUUAAUGCGACUGAAGCUGCAGGAGCUCUGUUCAGAUGGACAGGAUUUUCCUGCUGGAAUGGGACGCGAGGACUCUUCUCGCGUGGCAGCGGUGCAUCUGACAAGCAGCAGACUCUGGAGGACAUCGCCAAAAGCAUCCGAGAUCAGCAGUACAAGAGGGUUGUUGUGAUGGCUGGAGCUGGGAUCAGCACUCCAAGUGGCAUCCCAGAUUUCAGGUCUCCAGGAAGCGGUCUCUAUGACAACCUGCAGCAAUACAACCUGCCAUAUGCUGAGGCUAUCUUCGAAAUCAACUUUUUCCACCAAAACCCUAAUCCCUUUUUUGCCCUGGCCAAAGAGCUCUACCCGGGGAACUACCAACCCAAUCUGACGCACUACUUUGUGCGUCUGCUUCACGAAAAGGGUCAGCUCCUCCGGAUGUACACGCAGAACAUCGACGGGCUGGAGAGACUGGCCGGGAUUCCUCCAGAGAUGCUGGUGGAGGCCCACGGUACGUUCGCCACCGCCACCUGCACAGUGUGCCUGCGCAAAUACAAGGAUGAGGACCUCCGACCCGCCGUGAUGAGUGGGACGGUCCCCAGGUGUCCCACCUGUAAGGGCGUGGUAAAGCCUGACAUUGUGUUUUUUGGGGAAGAGCUUCCUCAGCACUUCUUGAAGUACCUCACAGACUUCCCACUGGCAGACCUGCUCAUCGUCAUGGGAACUUCACUGGAGGUGGAACCGUUCGCCAGCCUGGCAGGAGCCGUGCGCAGCUCUGUACCCCGUCUGCUCAUCAACAGGGACCCGGUGGGGCCAUUCGCCCGGGCCAUUCAUGACGUCGUGCGGCUGGGCGAUGUGGUCAGCGGCGUUCAGGCCCUCGUCAGUGCCCUGGGCUGGACUCGGGAGCUGGAUGCCCUGAUGGCGGCCGGCGCUCAGAAAGCUGCAACACACACAGAAGAGUGAGAGGUUCGCCUGUCUUCACUGCCUACAGUUUGACUUAUUUCGCUGCUCUCAAAACUGCAGCAGAAGAUCCAGCUGACUUCUUUUUCUCUGACUUUCAUGAGAUUGUUGGUCAGUGGAAGCUCAGACAAUGAACUAUUCUGUAGAAAUGCAGUAAAACAGGUAAUUUAUUCUAAGUCAAAGAUAAAAUGCAGGUAAAAGAUGUAUAACAGGAUCUUUCUCAUCCUUUGUCUCGUGCAAUAAACUGAUCACGCUGAACUAACAAGGAAUAAAAUAGAUGGUAUGGAGUACAUUUAGUUUCUGGAAGUUUUGUAGUAUGGAGGGCUAAAAGUAACAAAAUAAAUAUAAGAAUGGCUCAAAAAUUUACUAAAUUAAUUAUACAAAAAACAAACUGUAUUAAAUACCUAUUUUUAUUUUCUUUGUCAUUCAAGUUUCAGUUUAUUUAUUUAAUAAAUACAAUUCCUCCUUUAU